AUGUCAGACAACGGCCAACGAAAGGCUGGUGGCGGAAGCACGGGAGGAAGCAAUCAUUCCAAUGGACGAAGGCCUAAUGGGGCUGCCCCAAAGAAGAAACGAACUCCAGCUGGCAAGAGUCCUCAGCGGCCUCCUGGUAAAGGAAAGAAAGGACCUCAGGGGGCACUCCGAGGAAAGAGUCCAACAAGACCACCUGGUGCCGCAGGAAAAGCUGCUAUACCAAAGGGAUCAGGAAGAGGAGCUCCCAUACCUAAAGGAUCAGGACGCCCUAUACCGAAAGGAUCAGGAAGAGGAGCUCCUAUCGCCAAGGGAUCUAAUCGCGGAGGUCGAACAAGAGAAGAGGCACCACCAUCCUCCAAAAGUCGAACUAGCAGUGAUGAUGAACUUUCGUCUGAUGAAUCGUCUUCGAGUGACGAGUUCGAUGAAGAAGGAUUGCCUCCUUCCUCUGUAGCCUCUCCCAGCACAAGCCGAGGUCGUAGCGACCAUUCUCGAGGUGGGGGUAACAACUCGAAUCGUUCCAACAUUUCCGGUGCCACAAUUCGUGAUCGGGCCCGUGGGGCUACCAUUCGAAACAAUCCCGCCUUUCGAUCCGAACACAGUCGCGGAGCUCGGUCCAAUCAUUCGAGCGAUGAGGGUGGAGCCAUUAUUCCCUAUGAAGAAAGUGAUGCCUUUGAAAGUUUUCAUGGCGACAUACCAGAUCAGGACUAUGCCGGUGAUGCUUACAAUGGUGCCUUGGUUCCUAUGGAACAAAACAACGGUGAGUACUAUGAUGAUGGCUACAACCGAGACAAGCUACGGCCUCCUCCAAAAAUCAAGUUGGCCAAGGAAGAUUCCGAACGAGGUGAAUUCCCAAAUGAUAAAUGGUAUCAUAAGUGUCUACGACACUUUCGAAUUCUAUCUCCUCAUCCACAAGAAGACGAAGUCAAAAAGAAAUUGCGUUAUGUGAUUUGGACGACCCUUAUUUUGGAUGUCUUGGUGGCCAUUGUCUCCAUUGCGACAUUUGGAGAUGGAGUUACCUCCUGCUGUGGUACUGCUGUCAUGGCUGCAGGGAUUCCAGGAGUAAAUUGGGAUCUAUUCAUGCAAGUCGUUACCUGGAUUUACCUCAUUGGUAUCUUUUUGGAAAUCCACCCAGUGGUGCGCGAGGGUCCUAUUCCAUGGAACUUGUUGAACCCAUCCUUUGGUUUCUUGAUUAGUUUCGCUGUCUUUGUAGAUGAUAGUAAAGGAGAAGCAAUCACCAUUUGGAUCAUGGAAAUGGCUUCAGUCAUUUUGGAGUUGGUCACCUUUCGAAUGCUAAAGCAUUUGCACAAUCGCAAAGUCCAGAGAUUGGAAGAAUUAGAGAGCGAUAUUGCGAAUGAAAAGUAUUCUCAUGGCUACCGAAAGACAGCCUUUCUACGAGAGCGUCGCGAGACACGGCUCGUCGUAUCCGACUCCGAGAAGAAGCUUCGGUAUCACUUUAUUGGCGCAGCUGUGAACGCUGCUCUGGUAUCCAUUACCUUGUUGUUGAUUAUUUUUGUCGCCCGUGGUGGAGGUCUUUGUUUGGUGGGCGGGGCUGGAGGUGGUUUGGACAUUUUUAACUCAGAUCAAAAGUCAAGAUGUAACAAAUGUGGGGAUGUGAAUGAUUUUAGCGACCGAUGCAUCAUUUGCAACUUUGAAGGAACCGAAAAUGUGGAACCCGACCAAUGCUAUUUCCCCUACUUCUAG